UAUAUGAAUCAGUCAAUCUUUAAUUUAACGGAUAAUGUAGAUUAUCGCCGACCAGCUGCGUCGAUUUGAAAUAUUGAUCACGAGUGAUGUUCCUCGAUUGAGCAUGUCUUUUAUUUUACCUAUGAGUUUUCGAUUUAAAUACAAUGUAUGUUAAAAUAUGUAUUUUCAUGAUAAACUUCGUUUUUACAGUUGAUGUUCCAAUUUGUCAAGCUAAAACAUGACGAAUUGUUAUACCUGUUGUGAUCGGCGGAUGUCAAUAAUUUUAACUGAUUAAAAGUGACGUUAUCACUGAUUAAAAAUUUGUCACUGUGAUGUAGAUAAGCGAAAUAUGAUUGAUCAGUCAGAUUGAACGCAACUUAUUCCGCAGUAAAAUAUUUUGAACGGCGAAGAUAUGAUAUUGCGACGUUCAGUUUAUACUAGUAUAAUCGAUGUCCAUAAUUUGUUUAUAAAGAAAUCAAGUCGUUGUAGAUGUUCUGCUUCUUAUGAAAGGUACUCAUCGUUUUCUCUUUUCUCGCUGUUCUUUUAUCAUAUACAUACAUUCUAUUUGAAACAUAUACUAUUUCGACCGGCGUGAAUCUCCAUAAUCUGUAAAAACGGAGUUUAAAUAAUUAAUAUUAUUAUUAUUGAGUUAUAUACAUAUAGAACAAUAAUUGUAGUGGAAAAUUUGUAAAUUGGUUUAUUUAUAAAGUAACAAUGUAAGAUAAAAGAUUCAACGCAAGAAGAGUAUAAUGGGGUACAUUAACGAUAUCUAGUGUGCUCGCUUUCGUAAGAAUUUUUAAUGACCCAAACGGUAUGAUUUUUAGACAUUUUGAAGACAUUGAAGAAUUUAUCCACUGAAUUAGCAAUACACAUCGGAUAGAGAACUCGAAAAAACGUAGUAAUUCUUUUUCACUAAACAAAAUUUUAUAUCUGAACAAAAUUGCAGAUCUGGCAAAAAUGUUUACUGAAGUGUUUUGAAUGUAUCAAACGACCAUCUUUGAAAACAUUUUUUUGAGAUAACAGACGUAGUUCUUCGCAAACGGUUAAAACGGUUAAACUGUUUAAAAAAUCUUAUAUUAAUAAAAAAGAAUUACGUUUUCAAACUAAUCUUUCCCUUAUUAUCUGAUAUGAGAGAAACAAGAGACAAAGAACUAACCCAGACUGUUAUAGUCUAAUGGUAAAAGAGGAUCUCGUAGCGACCUGACGAAUAUAAGUAUCUAAAGACUCUAACAGUUAUUUCUCGACGAGCAUAUUCUGCUGCAUGCGGCGUAUCGAAUUUAUGACGUAUCCGAUAUAAAAAAAUUGAAUUUUUCGCGUAGCUCAUGGAUACGGUGGUAUUGGUGCAACAGCAACAGCAAGCGCUCGACGGUGAUCACCAGGGUAAGAGAGAGCAGGACCACGUGAAUGGUACUGUUGUGUCUGCCGAGAAUCACGCGGUCGACAGGUUUUCCGGCGAGACUGAGCGCUCGGCGAGGGAAACCGCGAUCAUCGCUCCGGGCAAUGGUAGCAUUGGAGAUUUCUCUACAGAGUGCAGUGAUGUAGACGACGACGACGACGAAGAAGAGAAGACGGAUGUCGAAGAAGGCGGCUGGAUCACGAAUCUGCCGCCGGUAUCGUCGACCGUCGUUCAGCGGCAACCAGCCUUCGCCACCACGAAUGGCGAUAUCGUCCUACCAAACGCUGAUCAGCCGGCUUUCGGCGAUGUCCGCGUGCAGUACUCGAAGAAUGUGCGUCUGGUUAACAAGACCUGCUACAAUAAUUGUCCUGUUACGCAGAUCGUUUACACGAAUCCUACUCCUAAUCAGGAUGCGAGUAAACAUGACGCCAGCAGCGCCUGCGACAAUGCCUCACAUUUGUCGACGAGUAAAGAUAACGAAGCUCCAAACGGAUGCAUCUUUCCGCAAAAUACUAAAUUAAAUAAAGUGACACAAUGGCUCUGGAUAUGGAAAUGGCAUAUGGCUUUAUUGUGCGUAGCUUUAAUACUUCUGGGUAUUAUAGUAUUCAUAACUGUACAUUUAGUGACUCGUGAUCCGGACGAUGCGUCCACAACAUCCACACCAAUCACACCAACCACACCAACCACACCAACCACAUCGGAUAUUCCUACUUCCCCUGAUGGUAAUAACGAGACAGAGUUUCGCAUUGUCGAGCGGGACGAAUGGGGUGCACGGCCGCCUCGGGGACCCCUAGAAAAAUUGAAACUGCCAGUAUCACGUGUAAUUAUUUGUCACACUGAGACAGCAUUCUGUACGACGCUAGCAGAGUGUGCAAACGAAUUAAGAAUUAUGCAGGAUAAAAGAGAUUUAGUGGAUAUCGCCUACAAUUUCCUUGUCGGAGGCGACGGCCUCGCAUAUGUUGGCAGAAGCUGGAAUCACACCGGUGUCCACUUUGAUCUCUAUAAGCGCAUAAGUAUCGGUAUUGCGUUCAUCGGUGAUUUCACUUCGUUUGUACCGCCGGAAACGCAAUUAAAUGCCGCGAAAGAGCUCAUAAAGAUCGGCGUAGGAAACGGAAAAAUUGCGCUUGACUAUAAACUGUUAGGUCACCGACAAGUUGUACCCAGGACUGACAGUCCUGGAGAUGCCUUAUAUAAUGAAAUUAUAAAGUGGCCUCAUUGGUCAUCCGAGCCCAGAUCUUAAAGGUUCCUGCUAGCUCGAUUGCCAAAAGUCCGCGUUGACAAUAUACAAAUACCUGGCAAAAUUGUGAACUAAAAGGCGCGAAAAAUGACAUUAAAAAACUGAAUUAGUUUUGCGACUUACAGCGUAUUUUUUGUUUCAACGUAAUGUUUUUUUAAUUAAAAUAAUUGUCGUAGUGUUAAAAUAUACCGAAGAUUACUAUUUUGUUAUAAUUUAAUAUGUAAAAGCAAAUAUUUUUAUUUUAAUUUGGCAGCUGCUAAACGGCUUGUUUUCAUUUUUGAUUAGGCAUUGAUUCAAUUGGACAUACGUGAAUUACCCAAACAAAAAAGGAGUUUUUGAUACAUCUUACAAGUCUAUUCUAUCGAUUACAAACGCUAUCUUAUUGAAAAACAUUUUUACUCUAAUGUUUGUCGCAAGAAUUUUCAUAAUACCUAAUUUUCUCGUUUCUGACGUCAUCAAUUCAAGAUGACUGUAGUAAGUGAACAGGAGCCUUAACUUGUGAAUGAAAUACAAUGUCUGAAAAUAUUUACAUCUUUUUUUUUUAAAUCUGCAAUUGUCAUCUGUCUAUGUCAGUUGGAUGUAUUAUUCUAACAUGUACAGAUAACAGUUAAAUGAAAAUAUCGCGGAUCUAUUAUUCCCGUUCCGAGUAUAAAAAUCCUUUUACACUCGAAUACAAUAAAAUGACAAAAAAGCAGUUUCUGUAGAUUUUGUGGUAUUAAUAUUAGUAAAUAAAAAAAGGAAAAGUUAUGUAUAAAAAAUAUUGAGUGUUGAAGAUACAAAAGACAUUGUUCUGGUCGAAUCUCAUAAUAAAAUUGGUAAUUAUGUAAUUAAUUAUGUAAUUAGCUUCGCCCUGUAUCAAUAUAACUACUAUCGAGAUAUAUAUUCCGAGAAAUGACUUCACCUGUACUUUAAUCGCCUCUCUCGAUUAUACUUGUAUACUCACAUACAUAUGUGUAAUAGGGGAGACCAGGGACAAACGUAACAAUUUUCUAAUUUAUGUUGAUAUCUUUGAUUUGCUUGUUUAUAUAUAAAAAUUUUUUCUCUUUCAUAAGGUAAAU